AGCGCCGGGCCGCUCGGCGGCGCCGGGCACAGUUGGGAACCCGCGCCCGCAGCCGCUGGCCGCGCGGCCGGAUGAGGGGGACGAUGGAAGUGGAGCCCGAGGUGCUGCUGCAGGAGGCCCGCGAGAACGUGGAGGCGGCGCAGAGCUACCGGCGGGAGCUCGGCCAUCGGCUGCAAGGGUUGCAGGAGGCGCGGAGGCAGAUCAAAGAGAGUGCAUCACAAACAAGGGAUGUUCUGAAACAGCAUUUUAAUGAUUUAAAGGGAACCCUUGGGAAGCUCCUGGAUGAGCGAUUGGUGACCCUUUUGCAGGAAGUGGACACUAUUGAACAGGAGACCAUUAAACCACUAGAUGACUGUCAGAAGCUCAUAGAACACGGAGUUAACACUGCAGAGGACUUAGUCCGAGAAGGUGAGAUCGCCAUACUUGGUGGUGUAGGAGAACAAAAUGAAAAACUGUGGAGCUUUACCAAAAAGGCCUCACAAAUUCAACUGGACAGCUUACCAGAAGUGCCUUUAUUGGUUGAUGUGCCUUGUUUAUCUGCUCAGUUGGAUGACUCAGUUCUUAACAUAGUGAAAGACCACAUUUUUAAGCAUGGAACAGUAGCAUCUCGCCCACCAGUACAGAUAGAAGAACUAAUAGAGAAACCUGGAGGCAUCAUAGUACGAUGGUGUAAGGUGGAUGACGACUUCACAGCCCAAGAUUACAGGCUCCAGUUCCGUAAAUGUACUUCAAAUCAUUUUGAGGACGUAUAUGUAGGUUCGGAAACUGAAUUCAUAGUAUUGCACAUAGACCCCAAUGUUGAUUAUCAGUUCAGAGUCUGUGCCCGAGGAGAUGGCCGACAGGAGUGGAGUCCGUGGAGCGUCCCCCAGAUAGGGCAUUCCACGUUGGUGCCUCAUGAGUGGACAACUGGUUUUGAGGGGUACAGUCUGAGCAGUCGAAGAAAUAUAGCACUCCGGAAUGAUUCUGAAUCCUCAGGUGUUCUCUACUCCCGUGCUCCAACUUAUUUCUGUGGGCAGACGUUGACAUUCAGAGUUGAAACUGUGGGACAGCCAGACAGAAGAGACAGCAUAGGAGUGUGUGCAGAAAAACAGAACGGAUAUGAGUCUCUGCAGCGGGAUCAAGCUGUGUGCAUUAGUACCAAUGGUUAGAAAACUUAGGCUCAAGAGAUGUGAACUCAUUUGUUUACAGUCAUGGCUAGUUUUACCAGAACUCUAGCCCAUACCUGUUCUACUGCUGACCCCCAGCUCUUAACUGGUGUGCUCCUGGACGGAGUGGACACUAAAGGGAAAGCCACAGCUGAAGAUAGUAACUGGCAGUGGGGUAAGUGGUAGAAAUGCCUGGCAUGUCACUGAAGAAAGACUGACUAAAUCUGCCCAAAAUGCUCAGAGAGCAAAGUACUCUGUGAGCCAGUUCUUAAUAGAUGAGAAAUUUGAUAAGCUCAGAACUGGCACCUGAAGCAGAAGGGAAAGAAUUUGCAGUCACAGUGGAGGGAAGAACAGGGUGUGUGAGGGCAUGCCCCAAGAUCAUGGUGGUGGGAGUGCCAUUGAGACUGCAGUGAAGGUCUGAGGCUGCAAUGGCAGGAGAGGAGUCUGCAAGAAUAGACUGGCAUCACAUUGUAAGGUUUAUAUACCAAGUUAAAUAAUUCAUAUUUAAUCUUAUAGGUAAAAAUAAUUAUUUUCAAAAGAUGAAUUAGAAGAAAAGAUACUAGUCAGUAGACUGUCAUCCUAAAUAGAUAUUAAGCUGUGAAAUGGGCCAGUGGCAGUAGGGAUGUAUAUCCAAUAGAUGCUUAAAUUAGACCCAAAAGGAAUUGAUGAUUGAUGUGAAGGUAGGGGUGAGGAAGAGAGUUAAACUGAAUUUGUAGCUUGACUGUUGGUGACAUCCAUAAUUAGAGAAGUAAUAGUCCCACUCUGCCUUCACUGAAGUAGAAAAUAAUGUUUAGUUUUGACUUGUGCUCUUUAAGAAGGACAUUAGCAAAUGUAAUUUGUUUAAAUAAGAGUAUGGAAAAAUCUGAUGUUUUCUCUGUACCAUACUAUUUUAGGUCAUUAAAUAUGAAAUGUCCGAUUUUGAAUCAAAAGUUUAGUUUAUUAUGUCUCAAAUAAGAAGCAGUA